AUGCCGGGGGGUGGAGCGCCAGCGGUGAACGGUGCUGGCGACAUGGGCCCUGUGCCUGGCCAUGGCGCGCACAUUGUUCACGGCGGACAUGGUGGGCAUGGAGGACACGGAAACUCGAGGAGGCGGCCGCCGCCGCCGCCCUCCUAUGUUCCGCAGUAUCAUCAGCAACACCAUCAGCAGCACCAACACAUCCCGCCCAUGUAUCCCAACUACAUGAACCCCUAUGCAGGCGGCCAGCAAUUCUACCAGCAGCUGCCGCCACAGUACCAGAACGGGGGCAUGCCCACUGCCUAUAUGCAGCACUACCAGCAGCCAUACAUGCGCUCGCCUCCGGCUAUGCAGCAGUUUGUCCCCAUGGCUGGCGUCAGUGUCCCUCAGCCUUACCCUCGACAGCACCAGCAGUCUCCUGCUCUCGCGACUCCCUACCAGCCUCCUCCCAUGCCCUCUGCCAUUGCGCCACACACGCCCACUUCGACGCACUCGUCCCAUAUCAUGGCAGAGGCGUCUGCCCUCUCUUCCGCGUCACCCGCGACAUCCCAGAUCGAACAGGGGCGAGCGCUCGCCCCUGCCCAAGAGGAGUUGGUCCAGCCAGAAACGGCCGCGCCUGCACCUCCUGUGCGACAGCCCACUCCCGAGCCCGCUGAGCCUAAGGAGCCCUUCCGAGCACCGCUUCCAUGGCUUUCCCGGCCCGAUCUCGAUUUCCCCAAACACACGCGCGUCAAGCGGCGCAAGCGAGCGCCCCUAGUCUCGGCCGACAAGGGAGUCACACUCCCCAGCGAUGGCAAUGGUCCCCUGAGCGAGUCAGCCGAUCACGUCUGUACAGAUGCCGCCGUCACGGACGAGUCACAGGUAUCAGCUGGCACGGCAUCCACACUUUCGGCGGCUUCGACUCCUGCGACUCCCCAUGCCAAUGCUGCUUCGACAUCUCAUACUAACUCAACGGAGACCACGACUCAGAACACGAGGCCUGUCACAAGCGGCUCCGGCGCUUCUACUUCGCAGAGCCCCGCCCCUUCGUCGUCACGUCCCGUCGUACCCGUUGUUCCGGCCAUUCCCAAAGGCAGCCCGAAGACUACCACGACAGGCGCCGAAGCGUCCUCCGAGGUUACCAAAGAACCCGCUGCCCAGGACGCGCCGAGCGAGACACCUUCUGCUGAUGUCCCGUCCGAGGAAAAAGCCCAGGAGCCGAGCGAGGAGGCUCGCAAGUCUACCCCACGCGCACCGCCGUCAAGCUGGAGUGCCCUGUUCGCGAAAAACGCUGCUGCCGCAGCAGCUGCCAAGAACCGGAACGCUCAGAACGGCGCAGCCGGUCAAGGGAUUAACGGCACUUCUCCUGACGAUGUGGACAGGCCAUUCGACUCCACCUUCCCUUCCGACAACAGCGUGAACACAAUUGCUGCGGCGCUGAGAGCAUACCGUGUUCGCAACCCCGAGAAAGUCAAGUAUGUUGAGCCAAGGGGCUUGGUCAAUAUCGGGAACAUGUGUUACAUGAAUUCUCGAAAAGGUCCCUUUGAGUUUCAAGAGCCAAACACCCAUCCUGGACGCAAUUACGGAACUUCAUUUACUCCUGAAUUCAUUUACCAGGCCAUCGAGCCCGACAAGCGUUUUGAAAAUAUGAGGCGUGGUCAUCAGCAGGAUGCCGAGGAGUUCUUUGGUCUUCUUCUGCAGUCUCUUGAUGAUGAGUGCGCUAAGGUGAUGGGCGUCGCUUCUGGCAACGCCCCUCAUCCUGCGCCGGCAUCGGCGAACGCAGACGCGACGGCAGACGGCUGGCUUGAAGUUGGCGCCAAGCAGCGUGCCGCUGUGACACGUUCGUCCGGAGCCAGCUCGUCGACCCCUAUCACCCAGAUCUUCGGCGGCUUGUUGCGAUCCGAAUUGCGCGUCACUGGCAAGCAGGACUCAAUUACGACAGAACCGUACCAGGCUCUACAGCUUGACAUUGGGGCAAACGACGUGAGAAACGUUGUGGAUGCUCUGAAGAGGCUGACGGCGCAUGAGAAGCUUGAGGGCUCUGGAUUCAACUCCCCCCACGGAAAGAACGCAACUGUUGUCAAGCAGACGCUGAUCGACACACUGCCUCCAGUGCUCAUCCUGCACCUAAAGCGCUUCCAUUUCGAUGCUGAGGGCGGCACCACAAAGAUCUGGAAGAAGGUCGGCUAUCCCCUCGAGCUCGAGAUUCCCGUGCAGGCUCUUGCCAGGCAGUGGCGGGCCAGCAACAAGGGAGGCGAGGGGCCCAAGUACAAGCUCAUCGCCGUUGUGUACCAUCAUGGCAAGCAUGCCAACGGAGGUCAUUACACUGCAGAUGUAAGACGUCAAGACGAGCAUGAGUGGAUUCGCUUGGACGACACAGUCAUUCGACGAGUCAGGAGCGAGGACGUGGCCGAGGUUGGUGAGGAGGAGCCUGCAAAGGCGACGACGCAGGCCUCAGGUUCUCGCGACGUCUCGACGAACAGGUUUGGCGCCAUGAACGAUGACGAUGCCGGUGAUCGUGGCGAGUGGACAUCGGUGGACAAGACCAACGGAAACAAGAACCGCUGGAGCGCCGUCGCUAACGGAGCUGCCUCGCAGUCUCGUGGCAAACAGGUCAAGGAGAGCGUGAAAGAUAACAAGGUGGCAUACCUACUCUUCUACCAGCGUGUCUAG